CCCAGUAUCAUUCGGCGUGCUUACAUGCGAGUGAUAUACGAGAAGUUACGCGAUAACUCUUUUUAUUCACCUUUAAAUUCCAAGGUAGCAAAAUUUACACUAAAAUUUGCGCUACCCGAUAUCAUUAACCCCUUUACUGGGCUUACGGCUCUUUGACAUGAUCUGCGGUGGCGUGCUGAUCCUUCCCGCUGUUGUUCGUAUUAUAAAUCCUCUUGGCGCUUAGUAUAAAAAUUCAAUGAACACAAAUUGAUCAAACCAAGAGGAAGGGAAACGCAGAUAUACGAGAUGCCGCUUCAGGGACUAAGGAUUUUUUAUUUGUGAUCAUAACACUUUAUCCUUCUCAACUUUAUACGGUCAUAUUAUAAACGAAAAGUUGUCCAAGGAAAGAAGUUGUGUGUACAUUUUAUGUUCGUGUUGCAAACUAAGCGCUUUGAAGGACUUCUUGAAAACUUAUACACGCCAGCAGACGCGUAUAUACCGUUGGGUUUUUUUUACGAUAAAAGUUUUCAUUUCGAGUAUGUCAUUGGGAAAGGAGAAUUAUAGUGUGAAGUUUUGAAGAACUGGCGACGUCAUCUCUCAGGGAAUUACGAAUAACAACGGUUGUAUCUCACUGAUGUUGUUAUAACGUUGGGUUUUUUUCUUUCGAGACUUUUCAAUUUCCCCUGUGUACAGUUAACCUCAGGAAAUGAUAGCUUUGUCAAAUUUACUAAGGAACAUCAAUGUUUUUGUUUUCUUUGUUUUGUGCGUUAUCAGUGGAACUCGUUUGGAGUAUGUGACAAAAUCCACAAAAUACGGAAAAGUCCGGGGUUUCACGGAGACCGUAUAUUCAGGAAAACGGAUUGAAAAAUUUCUUGGAAUACCAUAUGCCUCCCCUCCACUAAACAGUUUACGGUUUGAGCGCCCAGUGCCACCCGACCCCUGGGAUGACGUACUGGAUACUCUUGAGAUACCCCCUGCCUGUCCCCAGCCUGGAGAGGGUGUAGCCUACAUUGAGUCUCAUGUACCUGGGUUUAAUAGUACUAACGAAGAUUGUCUGUAUUUAAAUAUAUACUCACCAAAAAAUUCUAACAAGGAUAAGAAAUAUCCCGUUUUAUUUUUCGUACAUGGGGGCUCAUAUUUCAAUGGAAUGGGUGCUAUGUUUGAGGGGUCGACUCUCUCAGCUGCUGGAAUCGUGGUGGUCACACUAAACUACAGACUUGGUCCACUUGGUUUUUUAGUUUCUGGGGACCCAGAGCUCGCCGGGAAUUAUGGAAUGAUGGAUAUGAUAGCUGCCUUAUGGUGGGUCCACAAAAAUAUUGAGGUCUUUAACGGUGACCCAGACCAAGUUACGUUGAUGGGUCAUAGUGCAGGAGGUUGCAGUGUAGGAUUUCUUAUGAUGUCUCCUUUAACGAAAGGUUUGUUCCGGAGGGUUAUAAUACAGAGUGGGUCUCCACUGGCCCACUGGAGUUACUCUGACAAAGUCAUGUCUCCAGACAUCCACUUCAAGAUCUUCGUUUCCUCUAUUGGAUGCCUUCGGAACAGUUCUCGCCUCAUCAAAGAAUGCCUACAGAAAAUACCCACUGACGUCAUGCACAAACAUAUUUCAUUUAAAUAUGUGACGUCCCCGUCACUAACUCCACAAUUCCGUCCAGUCGUGGAUGGAUACGUUCUUCCGGAUACACCGGAGAGAUUGAUGCUUAACGGGGACUUCCGAGUGGACAGUGUCAUGACAGGUGCUACAAAGGACGAGGGUCUUUCUGCUGCGAUGCCCCUCGUUGAAUUAUUUGGUGGAAAAGAGGAUGGAAUAAAGCAAUUGAUCACUCUGAUGUAUUGUUUCCGAGGAGAUUUGCCAAACUUAUCCAAUAUUGUAGAUAUGGUUUUAGAUCAAUAUGCGUCGUGGCCGUUUCAAAACAAGGAACAUUUGGUACAAGACAUAUUUUCAGAUAUUGUCGGGGACUAUUACAUCACAGCGCCUACUCACAAACUCGCCCAAAUAAUGUCAUUACGCAAUACACCUGUUUACAUUUACAACUACGAGUAUGAAUCUAUUUUAGCCCAAUGGAAAGGAGUCCCACACGGUUCUGAGAUCUUCUAUCUUUCAGGAUCCCCUAUGGCUGGUCACUCAAACUUCAGAUAUGACGACAACGAUAAGAAAAUGUGCACACUUCUCAUACAUAUGUGGUCAAACUUCAUAUAUAAUGGAUUACCAUCAUUGGUCCCUCGUAGACAAUUCCAUAUGAGUCGGUACAGUAUUGACAAUCCUGUGUACACAAAAAUAUAUCUGGGAAUUAACCGACCUUUCGUAGAGACGUCUACAAACUACAAAGCCCAAAAACUGGACUUUUGGAACAACAAAAUCCCUUCGUAUUCUGGGAACCUAGUGUCUAGUGACGUCAAACCAAGUCCAGUGCAAAAGACUUACGUUGUGACUGGCCCAGAUCACUGGGCCUUAAUCGCUGCGUGUAUUGGACUGGCGGGGCUCGUUAUGUGUUUAACUGUUGGAUAUUGCAGGACCAAAAUACAGCUUCAGAAUCUCCAUCGUCAACACUGUGUGUGUAUAGCAGGUGAAAUAUCCGGUAAAGACAUGAAAAAGUCCAAGUACUUUAAAACGAACGUUUGAUCUCAUCCUCCAUCGAUCUUUUAUAAGAAAUUUGUUAAAGACCCACUCUACCACUUACAGCUGAAUUGUUUUUCUAUCAAUAAAUUGAUAAAUUUUU